AUGUCUGGGGCUUCGGUAAAAGUCGCCGUUCGAGUUCGACCCUUCAACUCCAGGGAGACAAGCAAGGAUUCGAAAUGUAUCAUUCAGAUGCAAGGCAACACUACCACUAUUCUCAACCCUAAAGCCCCAAAAGAACCAGCAAAGACCUUCAGUUUUGAUUACUCCUACUGGUCACAUACGACACCGGAAGACCCCUGCUUUGCCGCACAGAACCAAGUGUACAAUGAUAUUGGCAAGGAAAUGCUGCAGCAUGCCUUUGAGGGGUACAAUGUGUGCAUUUUUGCAUACGGCCAGACUGGAGCUGGCAAAUCCUACACCAUGAUGGGCAAACAGGAGGAGGGCCAGGAAGGAAUUAUUCCCAUGCUUUGUGAAGACCUAUUUGAGAAAAUCAAUGAAGAUAACAACAAAGAGGAGCUCUCCUAUUCUGUAGAGGUCAGCUACAUGGAGAUCUACUGUGAGCGGGUGCGAGAUCUACUCAAUCCCAAAAACAAAGGGAAUCUCCGAGUGAGGGAACAUCCACUUUUAGGCCCCUAUGUUGAGGACCUAUCCAAGCUUGCCGUUACGUCUUACACAGAUAUUGCUGACCUAAUGGAUGCAGGCAAUAAGGCCAGAACUGUGGCUGCCACCAAUAUGAAUGAGACCAGCAGCAGGUCGCACGCAGUGUUUACCAUUGUUUUCACACAGAAAAAACAUGACAGUGAGACAGAUCUUUCCACUGAAAAGGUCAGCAAAAUUAGUCUUGUGGACUUGGCAGGAAGUGAACGAGCAGAUUCCACUGGCGCUAAAGGCACUAGGCUGAAGGAGGGUGCAAACAUUAAUAAGUCCCUGACCACAUUAGGAAAGGUCAUCUCUGCUCUAGCUGAAGUGAGCAAGAAAAAGAAGAAGUCUGACUUCAUCCCAUACAGGGACUCUGUUUUGACAUGGCUCUUAAGGGAAAAUCUUGGUGGAAACUCCAGAACAGCAAUGGUUGCUGCCCUCAGUCCUGCUGACAUUAAUUAUGACGAAACUCUCAGCACACUGCGCUACGCCGAUCGCGCAAAGAACAUUAAAUGCAAUGCUGUUAUUAAUGAGGAUCCCAACAACAAACUGGUGCGUGAUCUGAAGGAUGAAGUUGCUCGACUGAAGGAGCUGCUGCGUGCACAAGGGCUGGGAGACAUCCUAGACACCCCUAUUGGUUCCCUGACAGCCUCCCCAUCCUCUGGCUCACUGUGCAGCCAGGGGGCCCUGCAGUCGGUUACUAGCAUCCAGGAGCGCAUCAUGUCCACUCCAGGUGGAGAGGAAGCUAUUGAAAGACUCAAGGAAUCCGAAAAGAUCAUUGCUGAGCUAAAUGAAACCUGGGAAGAAAAGCUACGAAAGACCGAAGCAAUCCGAAUGGAGAGGGAAGCAUUACUUGCAGAAAUGGGUGUGGCAAUCCGUGAAGAUGGAGGCACUUUGGGGGUUUUCUCUCCUAAAAAGACACCUCACCUGGUUAACCUGAAUGAGGAUCCCCUCAUGUCUGAGUGCUUACUGUACUACAUCAAGGAUGGAAUUACAAGGGUGGGACAGGCUGAUGCUGAAAGACGACAGGAUAUUGUCUUGAGUGGUGCUCAUAUCAAGGAGGAGCACUGUAUUUUCCGUAGUGAGAGGAAUCUCAAUGGCGAUGUGAUCGUCAUGCUUGUCCCCUGUGAGGGAUCAGAGACCUACGUCAAUGGCAAGCGUGUUGAGGACUCAAUCCAACUGCGUUCAGGAAACCGUAUUAUUAUGGGAAAGAACCAUGUGUUCCGCUUUAACCAUCCUGAGCAAGCCAGGGCGGAAAGGGAAAAAACGCCGUCAGCCGAGACUCCUGUGGAGCCGGUAGACUGGACCUUUGCUCAGAGGGAGCUGCUAGAGAAACAAGGCAUAGAUAUGAAGCAGGAAAUGGAGAAAAGGUUAACUGAGAUGGAAAUCCUAUACAAGAAGGAGAAGGAAGAAGCAGACCAACUUCUUGAACAGCAGAGGCUGGUUUAUGAGAGCAAACUGCAAGAACUUCAGAAACAGGUUGAGACUCGUUCUCAGGUUGCAGAAACGCCUGAUGAGGAAGAGCUAGAGGAGGAAGAGGAAGGGGAAGUGCCAUGGACCCAGCACGAGUUCAACCUCGCUCAGUGGGCCUUCAGGAGGUGGCGAUUCCACCAGUUCACAUCACUCCGAGAUCAGCUUUGGGGAAAUGCUGUCUACCUGAAGGAGGCCAAUGCGAUCAGUGUGGAACUUAAAAAGAAAGUGCAGUUCCAGUUUGUCUUAUUGACGGACACACUGUAUUCACCACUGCCCCCCGAGCUCUUACCACCAGAACCCGAAAAAGAACGUGAUUCCAGGCCUUUUCCUCGCACGGUGGUGGCCGUCGAGGUCCAAGACCUGAAAAAUGGAGCCACACACUACUGGUCCCUCGAGAAACUCAAGCAGCGUCUGGACCAGAUGCGGGAGAUGUACGACCGUGCAGGAGAAAUGGCUUCAACACACCAAGAGGAGGGUGGAGAAGGCACUCUGACAGGAAAUGACCCCUUUUAUGAUCGCUUCCAUUGGUUUAAGCUUGUAGGGAGCUCCCCCAUCUUCAACGGAUGUGUAAACGAGCAUCUGACCGACCGCACGCCCUCGCCCACCUUCUCCACCACUGACUCUGAGAUCACCGAGCUUGCGGACGAGCGGCAGAGCGAGAUGUCGGACUUGAUCGACGACGAGGCAUUCGUUGAUGAUACCAGCUCAGACGCCGGCACGGAGGAGGGCUCGGAUAUCUUCAGCGAUGGCCAGGAUCCCUUCUAUGACCGCUCCCCCUGGUUUAUCCUGGUGGGAAGAGCUUUCGUGUACCUGAGCAACCUGCUAUACCCCGUACCACUGGUUCAUCGUGUUGCCAUAGUAACGGAGAAAGGCGAUGUGCGAGGAUUCCUGCGUGUGGGGGUUCAAGCCAUAGCUGCUGAUGAGGAGGCCCCAGACUAUGGGUCUGGAGUGCGACAGUCUGGUACUGCCAAGAUCUCCUUUGAUGAUGACUACUUUAAAAAAAAUGAUUUCCCAUCCACAGUAAUGACCCACUCUGGCCUAUCUUUGGAAGAGUUGCGCAUUGUGGAGGGCCAGGGUCAGAGUUCAGAGGUCAACACCCCAUUGGAGGAGCUCAACAGAAUUAAUGACAUGGAACUCAAGCUGGGAAAAAAUCCAGAGACUAAGCUUCCUUGUGGCGACAGUCUAUCAGGCCAGUUGGAGAUAGGCAGCACCUUCACCUUCCGUGUGACUGUACUCCAAACCACAGGUGUCCCACCUGAAUAUGCGGAUAUCUUUUGCCAGUUCAAUUUCCUGCAUCGUCAUGAUGAAGCUUUUUCCACCGAGCCCUUGAAAAAUACUGGCAAAGGCACUCCUUUGGGAUUUUAUCAUGUCCAAAAUAUUUCAGUGGAGGUGACAGAGUCCUUCAUCGAAUAUAUAAAGACCAAACCCAUUGUGUUUGAAGUCUUCGGCCACUACCAGCAACACCCGCUGCAUCUCCAUGGCCAGGACUUCAUCAGUCCUCCAACACCAUCCAGGAAAUACUAUCCUAUUCCAAUGCCACUGUCUAAACCUGUUCCAGCUACCAAGUUGAAUACAAUCACCAAGUCCAACCUGGGCCAGUGCGUCAGCAAGUACGACCUACUCGUCUGGUUUGAGAUCAGUGAGCUGGAGCCCACUGGAGAGUACAUUCCAGCCAUAGUAGAUCACGGUGCGGCGCUGCCUUGCCAUGGAACAUACCUGCUGCACCAGGGGAUCCAGCGGCGGAUCACUGUGACUCUCAUCCACGAGAAGGGUAGCGAGCUGCACUGGAAAGAUGUUCGUGAACUGGUUGUGGGUCGUAUUAGGAACAAAGCUGAAGUGGAUGAUGGUGCUGCUGAUGCUGUCUUGUCACUUAACAUCAUCUCAGCCAAGAACAUCAAGUCGUCCCACAAUUCCAACAGGACCUUCUACCGCUUUGAGGCAGUCUGGGACAGCUCCUUACACAACUCCCUCCUUCUAAACCGAGUCACUCCUUAUGGGGAGAAGAUCUAUAUGACGCUGUCAGCAUAUCUGGAGCUUGAUCACUGCAUCCAGCCAGCCAUUAUCACCAAGGACAUCUGCAUGGUCUUCUAUUCCCGAGAUGCAAAGAUCUCUCCUCCCCGUUCUCUCAGAAGCCUCUUCGGGAGUGGGUAUUCUAAAACACCUGACUGCAACCGUGUCACCGGAAUCUACGAGUUGAGUUUGUGCAAAAUGUCCGAUUCUGGAAGUCCAGGAAUGCAACGUCGGAGGAGGAAGGUCUUGGACACAUCAGUGGCGUAUGUGCGCGGUGAGGAGAACCUGGCUGGUUGGAGGCCCAGAGGAGAUAGUCUCAUCCUGGAACACCAAUGGGAGCUGGAGAAAAUGGAGCAGCUGCAUGAGGUGGAGAAGACCCGCCACCUCCUCCUGCUGAGAGACAAGUUGGGAGAAACGUCUCCCGUUGGAUCAGCACCAACAACCAAGUCCCUGAGCGAGUUGCUGUCUCCAAGCAUGAGCUCAGGCACCCUGUCCACCUCCACUUCCAUCUCCUCGCAAAUCUCCAGCACCACCUUUGAGAGCGCCAUCACGCCCAGUGAGAGCAGUGGCUACGACUCUGCUGACAUCGAGAGCCUGGUGGAUCGUGAGAAGGAACUGGCCACUAAGUGCCUCCGCCUCCUGACUCACACCUUCAAUAACGAAUACAACCAGUUGGUGAACAGCAUCAGUGACUGCAAGCUCUCUGACAUCUCACCCAUCGGACGUGACCUUUCGAUGACAAGCUUUAGCAGUGCCACGCUUACCCCUUCCUCCACCUGCCCGUCUCUCUCGGACUCUCGCUGUGGCUCUGUAGAACAGAAGACUCCAGAGAAUUGUUCCCGUGCAUCCAGCCCAUCCUGCUCAGAUUAUGAAAACUUCCCCAUGGUUCCCAGUCUUGAGGCGUCAUACCUAGCACGUGCUGGGAAGAACGAGUUCCUCAACUUAGUGCCUGAUAUUGAAGAAAUGAGACCAGGAUCUGUUGUGUCCAAGAAGGGCUUUCUAAGCUUCAUGGAACCACGAUCCAACUCGUGGGUGAAGCAUUUUGUGGUUGUUCGUCGACCUUAUGUCUUCAUCUACAACACUGACAAGGACCCUGUGGAACGGGGGGUCCUCAACCUUUCUACAGCUCAAGUGGAAUACAGUGAAGACCAGCAGGCCAUGCUCAAGACACCACACACGUUUGCUGUGUGCACAAAGCAUCGAGGUAUCCUCCUGCAGGCCAACAAUGAGAAAGACAUGAAUGACUGGCUCUACGCCUUUAACCCUCUGCUCGCGGGAACGAUAAGGUCCAAACUGGCGAGGAGGCGAAGUGGCCUCAUGAAGAACUGA